AUGAAAUAGGCUUUGCUUGAUAAUUACUAUAAAGAAUUAAACUUAAACUAACUUUAUUCUGUGAGAUCUUUAAAAAAGACACCUUUUGAAAAAUAAAAUCAUUAAAAUUAUUUUGUUCCUAACAUAUUAAGUUCAAAGAAUAAUUUUUCAAAUAGAAGUAGUUUAAAAGGAGGUGAUGGAUUAGUUAUAUAAAAGCUUCAUCGUUCCUAAAAUAAUUCAAGAAUUUUACCAGAUAUUUAGAAUGGACAAAGAGUUACAAAGAAUAACUCUUAACCUUAUCUUAAUUAAGGAUAGAAGAAAUAGUAUAAAAUUCAAAUAGAACCGUUAGAAGAAGAACGCUUAGCAAUUCCAUACUUAAGAAUGAAUUUUAGGUUGAAAUAUGGAUAUAAAAAAUAAAAUUAAGAAAAGAAACAAAAAAGUAGUAUAGAAAAUGAUGAUCUAAAACUUUAGAAUAAUAAAAGUGUUAAUCUAUUUAGAGAGAAAUAAAAAGAUUUUAUAAAUAAAGUAUAAAUGCAAGUUUAAGAAUUAUUAUUAAAAGAGAAUGAAUAAUUAAGUUUUGGUUUUGACAAAUUAGAAAGAGAAUUAUUAUAAUAAAUGAAAUGA